GUCAGAACCAGCAGACACAUGCCAAAGAAAUUGUGGGAUCCUUAAAGUCUCUUACCCAUAGAAGCUCCAUGUGGAAGUCCAUAUGCUGAGGCUGUGUGUUGUGUUCAUCUACCUUUUGCACGGGGUGAAAGCAGAUCCUGGGGAGACAUGUCCUGCAUUCACAGCCCUCGGCUUCUGGAGUGCUUUGAUAGGGACAGAGCUGAAAGUGAAGCUGCUGCUCUACACCAGGCAGAACCCAACCUGUGCCAAGGAGCUCCACUCAGCAACCUCCAAGUACCUCAAUGUGACCAAGAAAACCACCUUCAUCGUCCACGGGUACCGGUUCACAGGCUCUGCCCCCAUCUGGAUCCCCGACCUGGUGCAUCUCCUGCUUUCUGCAGAGGACAUGAACAUCAUCCUCGUGGACUGGAAUCAGGGGGCAACAACCCUCAUCUACAAUAAUGCUUCCAGAAAGUGCAAAAGAGUUGCCGAGAUUCUGAAGAAACUUAUUGAUGAAAUGCUGAUUGAGGGAGCAUCCCUUGACUCCAUGCACAUGAUAGGAGUGAGCCUGGGAGCACACAUCUCCGGCUUUGUGGGACAGAUGUUUGGCGGCGCACUUGGAAGAAUCACGGGCCUGGACCCAGCGGGGCCCUUGUACCGGGGAACCCCCCCCAGUGAGAGGCUGGACCCCACCGACGCACAGUUUGUCGACGUCAUUCAUUCCGACACCGACGGACUAGGUUACAGAGAAGCACUAGGCCACAUCGACUUCUACCCCAACGGCGGGACCGACCAGCCGGGCUGUCCACUGACAAUAUUUUCUGGAUUGCAGUAUUUUAAAUGUGACCACCAGAGGUCUGUUUUCCUGUUCCUGUCCUCCCUGACACGGAGCUGCAACAUCACAGCGUAUCCCUGCGACUCGUACAGGAAUUACAGGAACGGCAAAUGUACCAGCUGUGAAACCUUCUGGCCUAUGCCAUGCCCCAUCCUAGGUUAUUAUGCCCAUGAGUGGAAAAGCUAUUUAACACAACAGAGCCAUCCAGUGACAAGGAUGUUUUUCGAUACAGGGGACAAAGAGCCAUUUUGCAUUUAUCACUACUUUGUGGAUAUUAUCACGUGGAACAAAGACACCAGGAGAGGUACGUUCAGCAUCGUACUGGCUGAUGAGACUGGGAAGAAGGCAGAAUCCAAUGUUAAUCCAGAAGCUGCCACCUUCCAGCAGUACAACCAAAUUACUUUGCUCCCGGGAUUCGACCAGGAUCUUGAAAACGUAGAGAAAAUUUCCUUGACAUUUUCCACAGGAUCUGUCAUUGGCCCAAAAUUCAAACUCAGGAUUCUCCAAAUGAGGUUCCAGUCACUCACAAACCCAGAAAGACCCCAGCUGUGCCGAUACGACCUAGUGCUGACGGAGAACACUCAGAGAACCUUCAAGCCCAUCCCGUGCUGAAGCCGAGACCCGAGGACGCCGUGUCUGGGCAGGGCAGGGACAUUUCACAGCCGUGUGGGGACUCACCUGGCGCUCCCGGGACAUUUCACAGCCGUGUGGGGACUCACCUGGCGCUCCCGGGGCGCCUCCCGUGCGGACCGGGCAGCGGGGCCCGCUCUCCACGCAGGGCGUACAAAGGGGCUGUGGGAGCGACAAUAAAACAACGGCAGCGCGUGGGUUUAAAGCGCGUGCUUAAAACGCA